GAAUUUCUGGGAGUAUGCGUUCCUCUGGUCUACUUCUUUUGCAUGAUGCCCCACUUAAGCCUUAAGGAGACCUUGGAUGGAUGCCUCAAGCGCGUUUACACCGGGAUAAUUUAUUUGCUGGCCAUUCUCUGUUUUCUCAGUGAGGUUUUUAAGCUGUAUCAACUCUUAGCGGCGGAGAAUAUGAUAGUCGAAGAAGUGAUCAGGAACUACACCAUCACCUCGAUACAUUUUGCUGCACUGGUAAAAUGUCUAUUUGUCAGAGGACAAGUGAGUGGAGAAUUUUUCAAAAAAAUCUUACGCUACGAAGAGCAAAUCUACGCCAGCCAAAAUGACCAGGUCAUAAGCAUCUACGAGAAAGUUCUGCUCGCCAAUCAGAACCUGAAAAGUUACUACUUGGCCGGUAUAGUGUUGACGGUUAUCUUUUAUAUAACAGCGCCCGCUUUAAGAGAUCCUUAUUACGUGGAAUACGGUAACACAACGGUCAUAAUUCCACAACUACCGUUAUCCUCUUGGACCCCGUUUGAUAACUCUUACUGGAUCGCUUUCGUUUGGACUAGUUGCGUCGGAGCGUAUUUAUCCAUAUUUUUUGUUACAACCGAUCUGACUUGCUAUAGUUUUAUUUUGUUUGCAAUAUGCCAAACUAAGAUUCUUCACCAUUACAUCAGUAAUUUUUUUUGGUACGCCAAGAAUGUACGGGCUAAACUGAUGUGCUCCGAGGUUGAGUCUUAUAGGGUCAUGCAGAAGGAGUGUAUCAUAAUUCAUCAAGAAAUAAUCAACUACGUGAAGAGACUCAAUGACAGCAUCAAAUACAUCAUGAUUUUGGAUUUUUUACCGAGUUCUAUCCAGCUGGCAGGCCUAACGUUCCAAAUAAUCACCAACCUGAACGUUAUCCAGUGCAUUUUACUGGGACAAUUUAUCUCAACUCUGGUUGCCAGAGUCUAUAUCUACUGUAAUACCGCACACGAUUUGUUCCUGGAAAGUCAGAGGAUCUCUUAUGCCUGGUAUGAGAUUGAUUGGACAGUACUGCCCAGCGAUGUGAGGAUUAAUAUGAUGUUUUCUAUUAUGCGAGCGCAAAAACCUCUUAGGAUUACCAUUGGGGAUUUCCAGAAGAUUUCUUUGGAGACUUUUUUGGUUAUUUUGAAAGGGACUUAUUCUUACAUGAUGCUCUUAUUAACUGCAAUAUAGGGAUGUUCUUUGCAUUAAAUUACUAAUAUUUAUAAUGCUUUUGGUUUGAAUUUGAAAAAAUGUGAUGGCAAUUAGGAUAGCAAAAUUAAGC